GUGGGCUAUGGCGGCGGCCGCGGCCCCGGCGGGCGGCGCGGGGCGCUCGAAGGUGGCCCCGAGCGUGGACUUCGACCACAGCUGCUCGGACAGCGUCGAGUACCUCACCCUCAACUUCGGGCCCUUCGAGACCGUGCACCGCUGGCGCCGCCUCCCACCCUGCGACGAGUUCGUGGGGGCCCGGCGCAGCAAACACACUGUGGUGGCUUAUCGGGAUGCGAUCUACGUGUUCGGCGGGGACAACGGGAAGACGAUGCUGAACGAUCUGCUGCGCUUCGACGUGAAGGACUGCUCGUGGUGCAGGGCUUUCACGACGGGGACGCCGCCGGCACCACGGUACCACCACUCCGCCGUGGUCUACGGGAGCAGCAUGUUCGUUUUUGGUGGUUAUACUGGAGAUAUCUAUUCCAAUUCUAACCUGAAGAAUAAAAACGACCUCUUUGAGUAUAAGUUUGCAACCGGGCAGUGGACAGAGUGGAAGACUGAGGGAAGGUUGCCAGUGGCCAGGUCGGCUCACGGUGCAACAGUGUACAGUGACAAGCUGUGGAUCUUUGCUGGAUACGAUGGCAACGCACGAUUAAAUGACAUGUGGACAAUAGGCCUGCAGGACAGAGAGCUGACCUGCUGGGAAGAGAUUGAACAAAGUGGUGAAAUUCCUCCUUCCUGCUGUAAUUUUCCCGUGGCAGUUUGCAAAGACAAGAUGUUUGUUUUCUCUGGCCAGAGUGGAGCAAAGAUUACCAAUAAUCUCUUCCAGUUUGAAUUCAAGGAAAAGAUCUGGACACGGAUCCCCACGGAGCACCUGCUGCGGGGCUCGCCGCCCCCUCCCCAGCGGCGAUACGGGCACACGAUGGUGGCCUUCGACCGGCACCUCUACGUGUUCGGCGGGGCUGCGGACAACACGCUGCCCAACGAGCUCCACUGCUACGAUGUGGACUCCCAGACCUGGGAGGUCAUCCAGCCCAGCCCAGACAGUGAGUUACCCAGUGGGAGACUCUUCCAUGCGGCAGCGGUUAUCUCAGAUGCUAUGUACAUCUUUGGUGGUACAGUGGACAAUAACAUCAGAAGUGGAGAGAUGUACAGGUUCCAGUUUUCUUGUUACCCUAAAUGCACUCUCCAUGAAGACUAUGGAAGGCUGUGGGAAAACAGACAGUUCAGUGACUUGGAGUUUGUUUUGGGAGAGAAGGAGGAGCGAGUCCGAGGGCACACUGCGAUCGUCACCGCUCGCUGCAAGUGGCUGAAAAAGAAAAUCAUGCAGGCCAGGGAGAGGGUGAAACAGAAAUCAAAGCAAGACAUUGAAGAGGAGGGACACACCACAUGCCAGAAGGAUGGGAUUGGUGGGAAUGUCAAGCUGUGCCGACUGCAGCCACUGCUGGAAGUGCCCAUCCGAGAGGCCGAGGCCCAGCCCUUUGAGGUGCUCAUGCAGUUCCUGUACACAGAUAAGAUAAAGUAUCCCCGCAAAGGUCAUGUGCAGGAUGUGUUACUCAUUAUGGAUGUGUACAAGCUGGCCUUAAACUUCAAGCUCUCUCGGCUGGAACAGCUCUGCCUUCAGUAUAUCGAAGCAUCUGUAGAUCUGCAGAAUGUGCUCAUUGUGUGUGAGAAUGCUAACAAGCUUCAGCUGGAUCAGCUAAAGGAACAUUGCCUGAACUUUGUGGUGAAGGAAUCCCAUUUUAAUCAAGUCAUAAUGAUGAAGGAGUUUGAGCAUCUUUCUUCAUCCCUCAUUGUGGAGAUUGUGCGGAGAAAGCAGCAGCCUCCUGUCCGAACACACUCUGACCAGCCGCUCGACAUCGGAACAUCUUUAAUUCAGGACAUGAAGGCUUACCUGGAAGGAGCUGGGACUGAAUUCUGUGAUAUCAUCCUGCUCCUAGAUGGGCACCCACGGCCAGCCCACAAAGCCAUCCUGGCAGCUCGCUCCAGUUACUUUGAAGCCAUGUUCCGUUCCUUCAUGCCAGAGGAUGGGCAAGUGAACAUUUCUAUAGGUGAAAUGGUUCCCAGCAAGCAAGCGUUCGAGUCCAUGCUCAGAUACAUCUAUUAUGGAGAAGUGAACAUGCCUCCUGAGGACUCCCUAUACCUCUUUGCAGCACCUUACUAUUACGGCUUCUCCAACAACAGGCUCCAGGCCUACUGUAAGCAGAACCUGGAAAUGAAUGUCACAGUGGAGAAUGUGCUCCAGAUUUUAGAGGCAGCUGACAAGACCCAGGCCCUGGACAUGAAGAGGCACUGCCUGCACAUCAUCGUUCACCAGUUCACCAAGCUCAUAAUCCUCCUGGGGAAGAAGAGCACUGCUAUGUCCCAUUAGUGUCUGGAGAGGAGACAGGAUGGUGUUCAGGCUCUUCGUUAAAUGCCAAAGUUGCUGGAGCAAGACGCAUUUUACAUUCAGAAAUAACUGAAAUUGCAUGAAAAGCAUUGAGAGUGGAGCCAGCAUCCAGAAAUCACUCCCAGAGGAGAGUCCACAGCAGGAGGUUGUAGCCCCUGCCUUCAUUCAUCCUGUCUGUUUUCUUCUGGCCCCAUGAGUCCUGUGGAGCAGCCCAGUUCAGCAGGGAUGGGGACUGGUCCCACUGGACAGGACAGGACAUGUACAGUACAUCCCUGGGGUUGGGGUCAGUGCCUUGCAGCCGCUGGGGGCUGAAAUAUCGCAGUAUCGCUUCCCAGUGGAGGCCACAGGAAGACAAAGAGGUGUGAUUCUCCCCAGAACGUGCAGGGGGAAAUGGACAUUACAACACUGGGAGGCAGUGAUGGGAGCUGGAGGGCGUUCCUCAGCUGUACUUCCUCACCAGGAUGUGGGGAAAUGUUUUAUAUUUAAACUGUUGACUGGUAGAACAGUGUUCAUCAAAACGUGGCUGGAAGACUGUCAAGCAGAUGUGCACGGAGAAAUCUCAAUUAUGCAAUGUUUUCCCUUGGCCUGAGAGGCCUCAGUGUGUGAUUCUUGGCCUGGGCUGGGUGACUCAGUGUGGCUGGGCACAGACACUCUCUGCUCUGCUCUGGGCCAGCCACGGGCUCUGAGGAGGAUUUGUUCUUGGGCACAAGCCUGGUGGGUCACCAGAGCUCAGGCAGGCUGGGUCCCUGGCUGUGGGAUCUCCUGUUUUUCCAGUUACUUAAUGCUGUUCUGGAUUUGGACUGUUAAGGAGUUUUCCCCACAGCAGGAGCAUUACUGAAGAGCUGUUUCCCAGAGGUUCACUGCUUUGGGCAAUGUGUUUUCAGGCUCUUGUGUGUCAGUGUUGUGCAAAAGCCCUAAUAAACCUGCUGUUGUGACAUGUUUGCAAUGACACCUUCAUCUGUUCUGCAGUGUGUGCCUUGGGUGGGGGCAGGAUCCCACCAGUGCAAAGGGGUCUCUCUCCCAGUCCUGGCAGAUCCUUAGACUGGGGAUAUUGCUACAAGCACAUCCUGAGCUCUUCCUGAAAGCCUCCUCAGCCAUUUCCCUCCUGGCCUUCAAAGGUUGCUCAGGACAUCUUUAUUCUUUAUCCCAGUGCAGCUCCCUAGAGCGAGGGGAUAGUGUCAGUUCAGGUAAGGAGGGUGAGUGAGGGCUUGGGCACAGUCUGCCUGGAGUCUGGGUGUGUGUUAGUGCCUCUAGACAGAGGGAUUACUGGCUCUUUACCAUGAGGUUGAGGAGAAGGAAGGAAUGUGUAGAGCUCCUUUUUGCUAACAGUUGAGCUUCUGAACAGUCCAAAAGCAUAAAGUUUGUUGUAGAUUCUCGUCUAUCUGAUGUGGUGGAGGUUUUUGUUGGCAAGUGCUCCAGUGACCUGCUUUGACUGCAGGAAGAAUGCCAGCAGAACCAGCAUGGAUACUGAGAAGAGCUUUUUCUCAGGAGCACAGCAGCAAAGGGAUCAGGCCCUGAGUCACAUUUUCAGUGCAAAACCACAGAUCUGAGCUCAGGCUGAUCAGCACGGCUCUUAAGAGAGUGCUCAGUCAGUGUCUUGUAGCAGUGGGGCUGUCAGUGCCAACAGAGGGGCAGCUCUGGGGGCAGGUUCCUGCUGCUCUCCACUCCCAGCAGUCUGAAUUUGGUUCUAAGCCCUGACUGGAGCCCGUGGUCUGUUCCCUGCAGCCCAGCCCCACAGCUAGGAUCUCGCACCAUCUGUGCCCAGACAGACUUGCUAUGGGGUGCCAAGGGUAAAAGGGUAAUACAUGAGCUGUGAUUUGGGGA